AUGUCACCUUCUUUAUCCGUCUCACCGACUUGCAAGGUUGAAGCCCCGAGUACAAAUACUAUCGGUUCGGUGCUCCAACGCCACAUCCCGCCAUCGGUCCAGAUCAAAGAGAUUUAUCCCCUGGAGGGCCACCUACACUCCGUGAGUCUUUUGGUUCUCUCGAAUGGGAACCGAUGGCUCUUGAAAUGUCCACCCCGGUCGACCACACCUCUUCUACGUCGAGAACAGCUCUUACUUGAGACUGAAGCACGAGCUCUGUCUAUCCUAGGCCAGAGUGCAACCCCACAUGUGCCAUCAUUCGUACAUUAUGGCUUUCAAGGCGGUCCAUUCGGGUCUGCCUUCUUGGUCAGGCAUUAUGUCACAGGCUUGACCUUGAAGGAGAUGGAACCCCGACUUACCGCGCAAGAACGCAAAACUUUGGACAGAGAUCUGGGAUUUCUGGUCCAACAGGUUGGGCAACACCUUUCUAACGCCUUCGGCUCGCUGGAACAGGUGGCCUGUGGGCGGGGAAAGCUCUCCUGGAGGGAUGCUUUCGUCGCACUCUUCGAGGACAUCCUGCGGGACUCAGAAGAUGCUUUUGUUCACCUUCCCUAUUCUGAAAUCCGGCAUCACGUUCGCCGCUUGUCGCAUACCUUGGAGGAAGUCACCUUGCCACGGUUGGUAGUCAUCGGCUUAGGUCGACCGUCACAAGUCUUCCUAGACCCAGUGUCCCGGAAAUUGUCUGGCGUGACAGGCCUCGGACACGCAUUGUGGGGGGACAUUCUUAUGGCCGAGAUAUUUGAAAACCCAUCGUCUGCCAUGCUCGAUGGCUUUGGGUCUCGACUCUCAAAGAGCAAGUCACAGGUGACUCGUCAAUUACUUUAUGCUUGUUACCGUUCCGUUCACAAGAUCACGAUACAUUAUUACCGUGAUAAGGAGAUGACAGCUGAGAUGGAGGCGAGGAGACGACUGACGACAAUCCUGGCAGAAAUGAAUGCGAUUAAGGGGCCUCGAAUGGCGCAUUUCCUGAGAGGGAAACAGGCCGGCAUUCAAAAGGACUUUUCCGAUGGCUUGUCGCCGGACCUGUUCGCCCUAGAUGAUUUCGCUCGGUGCGGUAUCAACUCCCAAGUUAGCGCUAUUGCCUACGACCCCAUUCAAUCACUCCUUGCAAUUGGAACCAGCGAUACACAGUUCGGACAUGGACAGAUCUACGUGUUCGGCCAACGACGGGUAUCGGUCAUCUUCUCGUUGCCUCGAAAAGCAUCUGCGAAGUUCAUUCAGUUCUGCGCCGACAAGCUCAUUAGUGUCGACUCUAAGAGCGAAGUAACGAUCUUCUCCCUUGAAACCCGACAAACAUUAGUCUCGUACGCCCCUCCGAGUCAUGCGAGCGCGUUAUUGACCGACCCGAGUCUCGACUAUGCGUUUAUCGGGUUGCAGAAUGGCGACAUCAUUGCAUACGAUCUUGACCGUGAGACAUUGACGCCAUUCCGGGUCCCGAAUCUGUGGGCUCAACGCAGUGCGCGGACACGUAUGUGUCCGGUUAUCAGUCUCUCCUUUUCGCCGCGCGAUAUCGGCAAGAUUCUGGUCGGGUAUCCGGAUGGCGCGGUGACCUUUUCUUUCAAACAAAAUGUCGCGCAGAAAUACUUUGAAUAUGAAGUGCCCCCAGGUGCGCUGGGUGGUAAUGGGGAGGUCCCGAUCUCUGAAUUGCGCAAGCCCAGGUUGACCCAAGCUCUCUGGCACCCGAACGGUAUCUUUGUCCUGACCGUUCACGACGACAACAGCCUGGUCUUCUGGGAUUCGAAAGACGGUCGCAAGGUGAUGGCUCGGUCCAUCGAAACUCCUAACGUUGAUCAGCCAGGCGUAAGCCCCGAAAGGCCCCCUUCGGCGGGUGUUAUCGGUCUCAAGGAUCCAAUCACUCAUGUCGCGUGGUGUGUCAAAGACAAUGGAGAUGACAGCGGACUUUUGAUUGCUGGUGGACGGCCAAAGGCCGACACCGUCAAGGGUCUUACAUUCAUAGAUCUGGGCCCUACUCCCAAUUAUCAAACAUCUACCUGGCCUAUGAUCUCAAAGUACUUCGAAUCCCCGAGACGGGUCUCAAUCCUGCCCACCCCUCCUGGCGGAGAGGUGGUUGAUUUCUGCCCGAUUCCACGCAGUACCCCUUACUUUGCAGGCGCUCAUGAUCCUAUCUCUCUGAUUGCCCGCUUGUCUUCGGGGGAACUGAUUACAAUGAGCUUCCCGACUGGUCACCCAAUCACACCUACGAAUAUGCUUCAUCCAUAUCUGUCUUUCGUGCAUCCAUUUGUCAACAAGGCGACACUGACCCCAGUUGAUCGCUCUGCUUGGUUGGGCUUGAAAGAGCGCAGGUCACAGGGACCCAAGUUUCUAUUGGGCGGGGCAGAAGCUAAGAAGGCCCUCAAACGAUUCGAAGACCGAAACAUCAUCACUACCGCUCAUGCAGAUGGGACCAUUCGCAUCUGGGACGGAGGAAUUGAUGACGAGAUUGAAAACGGGGAGGUCAUCCAAGUGGACUUAGCCCGGGCCGUAGGUCGUGUUGGCAAUAUUGAAGUCACCGAGAUGUCCUUAAGUGGUUCAACGGGUGAAUUAUCUGUAGGUCUUAGGACCGGUGAGCUUGUUGUCUUUCGAUGGGGGAAUAACAAGAACUUCGGUGGUGAGGAGCCCCCUGGUGCCAAUGAAGGGCCCGGUAAGUUGACCCCGAUCACUCAUCGGGCUGACCCUGGACUCAAGCAAGGCCUUCUUCCCCUCACCCUCCUCAACAUGCAACAGGGGCCAGUGACAGCCGUGAAACAGAGCCAAGUUGGCUUUGUCGCAGUUGGGUUUGAGAGCGGGAGUCUGGCGAUCAUCGACUUGCGUGGGCCGGCUAUCAUACAUACCGCUCACUUCUCGGAGUUGCUGAAGGCCAACAAGAGAAGCAGCUUCUUCAAGCAGCGCAGCUCUGAAGUCCCCUCUCCGGAGUGGCCUACCAGUAUCGAGUUCGGUGUGCUUACGCUCGAAGGAGAAGACUACUCGAGCAUCUGUUGCUUUGUAGGUACCAGCAAAGGUAAUCUGGCUACUUUCAAGAUCUUGCCAGCAGAUAAUGGUACCUACUCGGCGGUUUUUGCUGGCGCAACCUUGCUGGAUGACAAGGUCAUCAACAUUAUUCCAAUCAAUGCUGAUAGCGGCAACCCUGCUUCAGCUUCUCCCAACGCCGUCGGAGGCCUCCGCAACGGCAUUAGGGUAAACGGAGUAGUUAUUGCGGUGACCGUAUCUGGUUGCAGGAUUUUUAAGCCUGCGACGUCCAAGGGCGCUCAUAGGUCUUGGGACGAUUACCUAUGUGACUCAGCCGCGGUGGUCAAAAUCGAGGGCCGGGGCUACAGCCUUGUAGGCCUGUUCGGGGACGGCAACACGCGGGCUUUCUCUAUCCCAGGCCUCAAAGAGAUUGGUUGCAGCGCGAUCAAUCAGAUUGCUGACAUGAGGCGACUUUCCGAUGCUUAUGUUUCCUCUAAUGGAACAGUCAUGAUUUGGACGAGUCCUUCAGAGAUAGGAUUGUUCAAUGUAUGGGGAGCAGGAACCGGCCUCCGACCUUCGGAAGAUCAAUUAUACAAUCCCCAAGCAGUCAUUCCACCACGACCCACAAUCACCAACAUUCAGUGGAUCUCCGGCACUCAAUAUGUCUCGCCAGCCGACAUGGAUCUGUUGAUCGGAGGCCCCGAUCGCCCACCAUCGAAGCAUAUGCAGGAACAGAUGCGACUGGACGAACAAGAGCGACGCAAGGCAUUCAGAGAAGGCCGGACCAAUACAAACCAGUCCUCGGAUUCAGGCAACCAGGAAGGAUACUGGUCCUACAUGCAACGCCAGGUUACAGAACGCACCGAAAGACUCAAUAUCGCCGGUGAUCAGAUGGACCGGCUGGAAGAGAGCAGCAGCAACUGGGCCCGAGAUGUCAACAAAUUCGUUCAGAACCAGAAACGGAAGGCCGUUAUGGGCGCCCUCAGUUCCAAAUUCGGUCUCUAA